AUGUCAGUGUCCUCCUACUCUUCCCUGUGUCCCUUACGUAUCCAAGAGCGCACAAAUGGCUUGGGAUUGAACUUUGUAAGCGGUGGACGCACAAUGUUCAAAAACAUCAGAGAAGAGAUGGUCUUUUACCUCUUGGCGGUGACCUCCCAGGCUGUAGGGGGCACCACAGAGACGGUAUGUAUCACGGUGAACCCCUAUAAAGAAGUCUCACUGGAAGUGAACCUGGAGCUUAAUGGCAACAGAGUGGUACUUCUGAAGGAAAAAUCUAUUAAACAAGAAUACUACCGCUGUAUCCCGUUCCAGGUUCCUGUCGUAAGCGUGGAAUCAGUAGCGUCUAUUGACAUUCAGAUAAAUGGAGAAAGCACAUUCCUGAACAAGACAACAAAGAUCCUCAUCAAACCUCCGACUUCUCUGAUUAUCAUUCAGACGGAUAAACCCAUCUACAAACCAGGACAAACUGUGAUGUUCCGCAUCGUCUCUCUGGAUUCCAAUUUCCUCACCUACAAUCAGACGUUUCCAACAAUAGAAGUGCAGGACCCAAAUUCGAACCGCAUUGGUCAGUGGCUGAACGUGCCCUCGUACGGCAGUUUUGUGGAUCUGUCAUAUCCCUUGAACUCUGAGGCCACAAAAGGAUUUUAUGUCAUCACUGUCCGGAGCCAGAAAAAUGAAGCGAUCAAACAAUCCUUUGAAGUCAAGGACUACGUUCUGCCCACGUUUGAAGUGACGGUCCAACUUCCUCCAGUCAUAACCAUCCUGGACACACAGGCUACGCUGAAAGUGUGUGCUAAAUAUACAUACGGGAAGCCGGUGAAUGGGACGGUGAAGGCCAAAGUCUGCCAUAACAGCUACAGAUACUUCUGGAUCCGACGAGGAAGCACAACCCUACCAGACAUCUGCAAGGACUAUAUAUUCAAGACUGACAGGACAGGCUGUGGAGAAAUUGUCUUAAAUCUGAAUGAAUAUGCUUUAACUGAUUCACGCUAUCAACGUGUAAUCAAUGUUCAGUGUGAAGUGGAAGAAUAUGGCACUGAUGUGACUCUGACUGGUUCAGGCAGCUCUGUUAUAUCAUCUAAUAUCGUGUCAAUUUCAUUUGAGAAUUCACCAACUAUGUUUAAGCUCGGAAUGACGUAUGAAGGACAGAGCCUCAUGGAUCUGGGCUGGCUGCUGCAGAGGCAGCAAGCUGCCUCAGGUGAGGGGGAUCUCUUAUGGAUACGGAAGAAGAGCCGGAAACAAGUUAAAGUGACCGGCCCAAACGGCAGUCCAAUGAUAAAUAAAGUAGUGUUUCUGACUGCAGAGUAUGAAAUGACUAAAAGACCAGUUGUAUAUGUGGCAAAUCAGCUCACACCAUACUACCCCACAGCCUACCUCUAUCUUCAGCCUUUCUACUCCAAGAGCCUGAGUUUUAUUAAAUUGAGGAGCAGCUCAAUGCCUUUCAGCUGUGAUAAAAAUGCUGUGAUUGAAGCAGAGUACAUGAUACGUGACGAAACACGCAUACGACCCUAUAUAUCCUUCUUCUACAUGGUGACGUCUAGAGGACAUUUGGUUCAGCAGGGACGUCUUUUGGUGUCUAUACCCUCAGGAAGAGUGGAGAUCAGAGGCACACUGUCUCUGUCACUGAGGAACAUGUUAAAGUUGUCCCCGGUUGCUCAGGUGGUCCUGUACACAAUCCUUUCCAGUGGUGAGGCUGUGGCAGACAGCAUGAACUUCCCCAUUCAGCUGUGUUUGUCUAACAAGGUGUCUCUGAAUUUCUCACAAUCGUCUGAGCUUCCUGGUGCUAAGGUGUCAUUGAUCCUGAGAGCCACCCCAGGAUCACUGUGUUCAGUGAGGGCCAUCGAUCAGAGUCUGUUAUUGCUGCGACCAGAGGACGAGCUCAACACGGAUUCUGUGUUCAACAUGCUGCCUGUGAAGACAUUAUCAGGAUAUCCAUACAACAUCUAUGACGAGGAUUCAAACAAAUGCUCGGAGAACCUGCCCAUCAUUAGCAUAUUUGCAAAACUACAGCCAUUUUAUAUACCAGCCUAUGGAAAAAUUGAUGUGUACAACACCUUUAAAGAUGUUGGAAUCAAGAUCCUCACCAAUGCCAUAGUCAAGAAACCUUCUGAGUGUUUGCCGUUUAUGAGGAACAUGGGUGCACCAGAAAUGGCUGCCAGCGAUGUUUCAGCUGACUCGAGUUCAUCAACUAGAUCAGUCGCACCAGUCGUUACAAUCCGCAAAUAUUUCCCAGAGACGUGGAUUUGGGAUCUCGUUUCAGUCAGUCAGACUGGAGCAACUGUCGUUAUUAAAACGGUUCCAGACUCCAUCACUACAUGGCAGGCUGGUGCAUUUUGUACAUCAUCUGUUGGGUUCGGAGUCGCACCGAAAACCCAGCUCACUGCCUUCCAGCCUUUCUUUGUGAGCCUCACCAUGCCGAGCUCCGUCAUCCGAGGAGAAGUGUUCACGCUCAAAGCCACCGUCUUCAACUACCUCCAAAGCUGCAUGAUGGUGAACGUGAUUUUGGCUGGCUCAAAUCAAUUCUCAGCACAAGUGUGUGAAAAUUGCCGUUACACAAGCUGCCUGUGUGCUGACGAGAGCCAGACCUUCUCCUGGACCAUCACACCACUGGUUCUGGGGGAGGUGAGGAUUAAUGUGAGGGCAGAGGCUGUGAGAUCAUCGACUCGGUGUGGGACGAGACCGGUUACUGUACCACAGAAAGGACGCAUCGACAUGGUCAUUAAAACACUGCAAGUGAAGGCUGAGGGAACCAAACUAUGUAAAAGCUACAAUGAACUUCUCUGUCCAGAUGGUAUUGUUCAGACGACCGUCUCACUGAUUCUGCCUGCGGUGUUCGUGGAAGGUUCAGCCAUGGCCUCAGUCUCUGUCAUAGGAGAUCUGAUGGGCCGAGCUCUACAGAACCUGGCAAGUCUCCUGGAGAUGCCGUACGGCUGUGGAGAGCAGAACAUGCUGCGCUUUGCCCCCAAUAUCUUCAUCCUGCUGUACCUGGAGAGCACCAACCAGCUCACGCCCCAGAUCAGGAGCACAGCCGAGACCUACCUCGUGACUGGAUAUCAGAGUGAACUGAUCUACAAACACACAGAUGGAUCUUACAGUGUUUCUGGGAUGAGUGAUCCGUCAGGCAACACAUGGUUGACGGCGUUCGUGAUGAAGUCUUUCGGAAGUGCCAAGCGAUAUAUCUUUGUAGAUCAGAUGUUUGUAGAUCAGGCGAAGGCCUGGCUCGGUCAGCAGCAGCAGGCUAACGGAUGCUUUGCCUCAGUGGGACAACUCUCCAACAAUGCCAUGAAGGGAGGGGUGAAUGAUGAGGUGACUCUCUCGGCGUACGUCGCAGCUGCAAUGCUGGAGCUCAAUUAUACAAUUGCAGAUCCUGUGGUGAACAGGAGUCUCGCGUGCCUGAGGAAUGCGUACACUCAAGUGAACUCCACCUACGCCAAGGCUCUCCUUUUCUACGCCUUCACUCUAGCUGGAGAUCAGGCGAUGAGGAACACGCUCAUCUUAGACCUGGAUGCAAAGGCCAUAGUCUCAGGGGGCAGGAGGUACUGGAGCAGAGUGAAUGAUGGGUCUGUGAUGGACUCUUUGGAGGUGGAGAUUACCUCGUAUGUGCUUCUGGCUCUGAUGUCUGGACCCCAGCUCUCCGGGUUUGGCCUGGGUUACAGCGCCAGCAUCGUCCGUUGGCUUUCUCAGCAGCAGAACCCCUUUGGGGGUUUCAGGUCUACACAGGACACUGUCGUGGCUCUCCAGGCUCUGGCGAAAUAUAGUUUCACCACCUACCGUCCAGCAGGAGGUGUUAAUGUUACUAUAACAUCACCAUCAGGGGUGAUUAAGAAGUUUACCAUCAAUCAGAGUAACAGGCUGCUGUAUCAGGAGAGUCAGCUGCAGGAGGUUCCUGGAGAUUACAACGUCACAGCACAAGGGAAAGGCUGUGUGUAUGUGCAGUUCACUUUGUGCUACAACAUCCCUCCUCCUCCUGACCGCACUUCAUUUACUAUCUCAGCUUCAGCAUCUGGUAAAUGCAGCAUCCCAAAUCCAUCUCUGGAAGUGAAAAUUACUGUCAGGUAUAACGGUCAACGAUUGGAGACCAACAUGGUGAUCAUUACUGUCAAGCUUCUGUCUGGAUUCAGUGCGGACGAGGCGUCUGUGAUGCUUGUGAACAGCACUUCAAAUUCGACUGAUGGAUCUGUGAACUUUGUGGAACAAGCUGAUGGUGAAGUCAAUAUCUACCUGAACGGACUGACAAAAGGAGUGGAGAAGGUGUACACCCUGAGGAUCGUGCAGGACAUUGCAGUGGCGAAGCUGAAACCAGCCGUUGUGAAGGUUUACGACUACUACGAGAUCCGUGACUCGGCUGUAACUGACUACACCUCACCAUGCACUUAA